AUGCCGAUAGACGAAUGGAAUAUGGAUAGUGUCUAUGAAUUUAUAAAAGCAAGACUUAACGAGCUCCAUCUGUUAGGAAUUUCGCAUAAUGAUGUUAGGCAGGCCAACAUUCAUGUUUAA